AUGCUAGCGUUGGCAUUCGUACCUUUGGCUGAAGUUCCUCGCAUUUUCUCGCUCUUGGAAAAUGAUGCGCCUGAAGAUCUAUUACCAAUUUUUGAAUAUUUUGAAAAAAAUGAUGUUCUUGGUGUAAUAGCUCGAGGAAGAAAACGAGGGUAUCUUCCACGGUAUCCACCAGAAAUUUGGAAUCAACACCAAGCAGCUCUGACUGGUUCACAUAAAACAAACAAUGUAAGUGAGGGGUGGUACAAUCGCUUCCAGCUCGUUAUUGGAAAACAUCAUCCCGACCUUUAUUCUGCUCUCAGUGAGUUCCAAAAAGAACAAGCCGAUGUAGAGAUAAUGAUCUCGGAACUGAGUCUAGGACGAAAAGUCAGAUCUCAGCCAAAAAGAAAAUGCCGGGAUUUUCAAACGUGA